CUUGCAGCAACACUCUUCUCCGCGAACAACUGUAUAAGAUUCCUUGAAGCUACUUCCCUGGUUCAAUUGUCCCCAAUAGUCUUGAAUAUGGCCUCCCUUGGGCCAGCUUCCCUUUCCAACCUCGAAAAUCCUAUGCACGUCGGUUCAUUCAGGGCAUGUGCUACCUGCUCCAGGGCGAAAGCGAAAUGCGUUCCUGAUUCAGAAGGGAGUGGAAAAUGUCAAAGGUGCCGCCGAUUGAAGAAGAUCUGCGAGCCAGCUGUCCUUCAGGCUCGGUCUCUCCCACGGAAACGGAAACCUCAAAGCCAUCUUUCUAAGAGCCGCGUUGGGAGGUUGGAGGAGAAACUUGAAGGGUUGGUGUCCAUCAUCUCAUCGACACAAGAUCUCACGUCGUCACAAUCGACUGAUCCAAGUCGGUCAUCGCUGAGUGACCCAAUUCCUAUGAAUCUAACGACAAAUUCUUUCGCUUUUCCUGCUCUCUCUAUGAGAGCAACAAAUUCGCAAAAUCAGGUCCAGGGCGGGCUGCCAGCCUACCAAAACGACACAGCUGCGGGGCAAUUCGCACCAAAUAAACCGACUCCAUCUCUGGCGACGAUUCAUGGAUUGAAUAACUUCCCAGCCUCAAAUUCCACUAAUUGGGUCAAUUUUAUGCCUAGCUUUGCCGAAGGGGAUGCACUUCUCACGAUUUACCGAGAUCAGAUGACUCCUCAUUUCCCGUUCAUCGUAGUUGAGGCGUCGGUAUCUGCAGAGACUCUGAACCUUGAGAAGCCGUUCUUCUAUCUUUGUAUCAUUGCAGUCACAAAACUCAGCUCUUCCCACCAGAAAGCUCUCGGCAAGCUGAUCAUGCAGCAACUAGGAGAGAGAUUGUUUGCAAGAGGCGAGCGGAAUCUUGAUUUGCUUCUUGGUACUCUUACUUAUGCCGCAUGGUGCUUCUAUAACUGUUGGAAUAUACCACAAGUAACCAGUCUCAUCUCGGCAGCCAACGUUUUGGUGUUGGACUUGGGCCUAGCUCGACCAUUACCACCAAAGAAAGCGCCGAAUAGAAGUGUUUUCUACGAAGCAUUACGAGAUUCCUGCUCCAUGGGUCUCUUAGCUUGGACGAAGGAUGCGAGGACCCUUGAAGAAGAGCGUGCAUUCUUGGGGUAUUACUUUCUCUCUUCCGUAAUUCCUCUUUAUCUGCGGAGAAUGGAUCCGCCCCAAAAGUUCACUCCUCAUGUUGAGGAUUGCGUCAACAGGCUCGAGAGUCUUGGUGAUCAUUCGAAUGAUAGACUGGCAGUGGCACUCGUUCGACUUCAAGCGAUUCUGGAAAGGAUUCACCAAACUUCGUGGCAAACAAAACCCGAGCCUCCAGAGGUCAAUGCUAGCACAUUGUUCAUCGUAGCAUCCGUCGAGACAGAAUUGAAACAAUUUCGUAAGAACUUGCAACCAGACCAAGCGAAUAAUGAAACGAUUAUAUUACAUUGUCACCUCAUUGAAACAUCGAUAUACGAAGCUGGUCUAUGCCAAUCACCUCCAGGCGCUGACCCCAUCCCGAGCUUCAAACGCCUGGAAUUGCUCUGUGCUUGCCUUGAGGCGAUAAAAUCCUACUUUAAUGUCUUCUUCUCGAUCCCGCCAGCGACAUAUAUUUCAAUAUCCUUGUCUACCUGGUCACACCUGUCAUAUGCCCUGAACCUCCUUCAAUUGUUAUCCAUUCACCAGCAUCCUGGUUGGGAUCUAGCGACAGUGAGAGCGGUAAUUGACUACAAUGUCACUUUCAACCACCUGCAUCAGAACCUGGAGGGUCUAAUUACAUUACCGGGAUUCGAAAGGUUAGAUGUCUUCUCGCGCGCUGCAAAAUGGAUGAAGAACGUUAAGGAGUAUGUCGAGACGAAAAUGGCAGCUAUGCCUCUAGCUCCUAUGGAAAGUGAAUCUGACGAAGUAACUGACUUCGGAUGGAUGCCUGGAGCGGAAGAUAUGACGGACUUCUUCCAAUUCCUAGACGACGCAUGGAUGUCGGAUAUCCUACCAGUAGACGCUCAAGUCAGUACAAUGGCAGAAACUUGAUGUGCAGUAUGAAAUGGGUCAUUAGGAAGUCCGAAUGUUGUGUGAUUGCGGCGAGCGGAGUGAUUUUGAGAAAAAGUUAUGUUCCGGCCCCGCUUCAGCCAAUAAACAACUAAUCUCGAACGGAAACGGAG